GAAAAAUAUUGUUUAUUUACUUAUUUAUAUUUAAAUUAUGUAUGAAAAAUAAUUUAUUAAUACGUUGAUUUAUCAUAAUCUCGCUAUUGCUAAAAUUCUUAUUCGAUUCUUGUUAGCAACCAUGCAGGUUUGUAGAGUUUGUUUAGAUGGGAACACAAAGUUAUUCUUCAUGAAAAAUCAAAAUUUAUCUCUUAUUUAUGAGCAGAUUACUGGAUUAAAUAUCACACAAGACUGCCUCCCACACCACAUAUGCUGGGAGUGCACUCAGAGGCUACUCAACUCUUGGAGCUUCCGAACCAAAGCUCUAAGGAGUCACACUCUUAUGUUGGAUAUCCUCCAUACUAAUUCCUACUUAUCUGAUGAGAGUUUAACUUCCAUCGAUCGCUACUCUAACAACCUAACAUCCACACUGUCAUACAAAACUUUCGAUGUAAAUCACAAUGAUCUACACGUCCAUGAUAAUUCUGUAUGCACAGUCAAAUCUGACAAUUUACUUACAAAAUGGCCGGAUGAUUACGAAAAUACAGAAAAAAUUAACCCUGAAGAGGAAUUAAAACUUAAUAUAGCAAAAGAUGACACUUAUCAUAGAAAUUUUGAUGAUGACCGUAGGUAUGAAGAUUCCAAUGCAUCUGAUUCUUCAUCCAAUCACAAACCUAAAGACAAACAUGAUAUUUAUGACGGAGUAUUCGAUGAUACUGUUGUUUCAAACGAAACUGUUACGACUAAACACAAAACAAAACUCAAACAUAAAGUUACUAACAAGAAAAUCAAGAAAAAACACGACAAAGGAGACUUACAACAAAUAGAUUUUACUAAAAUCGACAAAAGACGUCGGCCAGCCAACGAAGUGUUAAAUGAAGAUAUAUUUACAAUAACUAACUUAACGUUUGAAGAGCAAAUGUUGGAAAUUUGUAAACAACAGGAAAGCAGUAAUUAUAAGCAAUCCGAAUUCAAAUGCUGCAAGUGCUACAAAGGAUUUCUUGAUGAAGACGCUUUCAAAUGUCAUAUGAUCCGACAUACAGACCAAAGCGGGACUUACGAAUGUGAAAUAUGUAAGGUGCGUUUCAAAAAGAAGCACGCUUUGAGGAACCACAUGGCGUCCCACGUGCAGAAGUUCAGCUGUCGACAAUGUACUUACGUCACUACUAGAAGACAUGCGGCGAAAUUGCACGAAGAUUACCAUAAUGGAACUCGAUAUCAAUGUCCACAUUGUCAAGAAGAUUUUAGCAAAUUCUCGACGUACAUGAGCCAUAUUCGUAUAAAACACCCGUCUGAUAUCGUGUGCGAGCUAUGUGGACACUCCUUCAUCAGCGCCAAGGGGUUGGGACUCCACAAGAAGCUGAAACACAGGUUCGACGAGCCGAUGCCCGCAGAUGGUCCUCAUUGCGAGUUAUGUGACGUUCAAUUCAUAUCACUCGAAGCGCUUCUCGUUCAUCGAAGGUCAUCAGCUAAACACACAGAUGAAAUGGAAGACGGAGAUAUUGUCCGCAAGAAGAAGCAUAGAAGUAGCACAGAAGAGAACGGAACAGAGAAGAAGGACACCUCACAGAAAAAAAGACAUAAAAAUACAAAGCCCGAGGGGCCCAUACCUUGUGAACAGUGCGACAUGCAACUACCGGACUCAAUAUCGUACUAUCGCCACUUCCGUCGGUCGCACCCGGACAAGAAUCGAACCAACUACCCCUCCAUGAAGACCAAGUGCAUGUGCGAGGUCUGCGGGAAGAUGUUCCAGAGCCUAGCGCUGCUACAGGACCACAGUUUCACCCACACAGACUUGAAGCAGUUCAAGUGUGCACAGUGCGGGAAGUGCUUCCAGAGGAAAUAUAGGCUGAUAGCGCACCGGCGCCUACACCAGGCGGCGCGAGCGUCCCACGCAUGCUCCGUGUGUGGAAAGAGGUUCACCACCGCCAGCAACAUGCAGAGACAUAUGGUGAGCCACACAGGCCUAAAGCCAUUCAAAUGCGAAAUGUGCGGUAAAUGCUUCAAGCACGCGAGUGAGAAGCGAGUCCACAUCACAUACGUGCAUCUGAAGAAGCCCUGGCCGAAGAGGAGUCGAGGGAAGAGGAGGAGCGACAGUAGACAGGCACAAGCAGCGCCGCCAGACCCCGACCAGGACAUAGUGCAGCCGCUGUGGCCGCCAUGCAGUGACCCUAAGGUCAACGAUCAGCCUGUCGACAAGCCCUUGUACUAUAACUUGAAGAUUUAACUAAACUUACUUUGUGGCACACAUUUUUUUUUGACGUGACUUAUUGUAGAUUUGCCGCAGAUGGCAUAAACUACUUGGCCGGACAAAUGGGGAGCGCUGAGGGCUCUCACCCGGUACAACGUUUAAGACAACAGGCCUGAGGGUGCCCAAGGCGCGAACCUCGGCUCAGGGCGUCUAUUAUCAUACUCAGAGCAUACUCUAGUCAUUACUUAAAUUAUCAAAUGUAUUCAUAAAUGAUCUCGUAGAAUAUAACAUGUAUUAUAAAAUAAAAAUUGUGUUAUUAGAAUAUUUCUAUCUAUCAUAUAGAGUAGACAUGUGCCGACUGGCCGAUAGUCGGCCUCAGAAAACCGAUUAGUUGGCCUCAAAAAGCCGAUUAGUCGGCCAUAGUAAGCCAAUUAGUCGGCCCCAGUAAGCCAAUUCGUCGAUCCCAGUAAGCCAAUUAGUCGAUCCCAGUAAGCCAAUUAGUCGGCCCCAGUAAGCCGAUUAGUCGGCCCCAGUAAGCCGAUUAGUCGGCCUCAGUAAGACGAUUAGUCGGCCUCAGUAAGACAAUUAGUCGGCCUCAGAAAGCCGACUGGAUGGCCUCAGAAAGAGGAUUAGUUGUUAAUAUACAAAAAAUAUGAAGAACGUAUUAGUUGAUAAAAAUGGGUAUCAAAUAUAUUAUUUCAAGUAUAUUGCCUUUUCAAGCUAAAAUUUUCAAAGCCGACUAAUCACAGACUACGAUAUUUGCCCACUAAUCAGCAUUUCCGCCAAUUGAUGCAUCUAUAGAACUACAAAACAGUAAUAAUUUUGUUUAUUUCAUAAUAAAAUAUUAUUUCAACA